AUGGACACAAAGCAGGAAUCUUCCAACAAUUCCGAGCUCGGUCCCCACCCCCAAUCCCUUAUUGAGGUGUUACACGACGUUGAACUCGUCGACCACAGCCUUCCUAACCGCUCCUCUUGCUGGCAGGAUGUUAUUGACGCCAUCGAGUCCGCCACGGCGCAGGACAACGCUAAGGCCGAAAGGUCAUCGGUGCGGGCCAGGUUGAGAAAGUCAGGGCCAGAGCUUGCUGUUCUCGAGUCUUUAGCGGGCAUGAUACCGGACCAGGAUGGCCUCUGCGUCCUGCGUGGCGGCUUGACGACUUUGUGCAGGGUGAGUGCCAUUCCCCGUAUGCCUCCUCUUCCCGUGAUCGAGGUCUCCCCCCUAGGUUUUGAGCUGAGCCAAGGCGCUUCACAGAUGAUGUCCUUGCGGCUAGAAACCCGCGCAAAGAUCCUCCGAGCGUUUGAGGGUAUCCCUGAGACAUUCUUCGACGCCGUUGAAGCCGGAAUGCGGUUUCCCGGUGCUACAGACCUGGUGCAGGCGGUCAGGCAGCUGUAUCAUACCUUGGUAGAGAAUGUCGCGAUACUAAUCGGCAUCUUGUUGCGCAGCCACCCUCACAAGAAUAGAGGCAAGUUCCAUGCAUCCUUGAGAUUAGUGGACCUGGGCCUAAUACUUGAUCCAGUCGUGCGGCUGUGGAAACAACGCCCGGGAAAAGAAGCCGAGGUGGUGGACAACUGCCUUGUGCAGGUUACACGGGCAGCGGAGCGUGUCGACCGGUGCUCAAGGGCAGCAACAGAACGGACGGUCGGUCAGAUACAUGUUGCGCAACAUAGCAUCCUCGCAAGCAAUGUUGCUAUCGACGCCGAGGUCAAAGCGGUCAAGUCAGGCGUCGACGGGAUUCAGGCUGCGAUAGUUGACGGAAUGACGCGGCUUGAAUUGCGGCUUUCCGGGACUGACCGAGAAAAGAACCUCGAGACGGCGACAGAGAAGAUGCUCGAAGCGGCGGAGUUGCUGAAAGGACUUCGAAAUGGCGAUGGUGACUGGUACCACCAACCAUAUCUGAGUGUCUAUGCCCCAGCGCAGCUUACAUUGCCAUGGCUCCGAAUAGCGGGCACAACAGUUCCACGGGGUUUUCCCGUUGUGCCCUCAAACCAAACCGAGGUCACAUUAUAUCAACAACCCGUAUCGCCGCCAGGGACAUCGCUGGUGAGCCUUGAAGAACUGCUGAUGACGCUCGACGUGCCGGAAGAUGCCGCGGCCGAAGCCCUGGCUGGCGUAACGCGGCGAAGCUACCAUCUCAAAGUGGAUGUUGGUACCCGAAGCAACCGCCUUAUGGAAAUGAAGCGGUUCAAAAAAUGGCUCGAAGCCCCGGCGUGGGCGUCGGACCUGAUCCUGGUUGAUGGCCAUUGCGGAAAUGUUGCGGCGGACAAGGUCACGCCCAUGUCGGCAAUCUGUGCAUCCCUCGCAAGAACCGUGAUGAACUUCGAAAGUAAUGACAACAGGGACCGCCCUGUUCCAAUAGUCAUCCAUCACUUCUGUGGUCAGCACCUCGGACGACCCAACCCCCUGAAUGGGCCAAACGGGCUUAUCCGCAACCUAGUCCACCAGCUGCUGGUGCAGAGUCACGACGUACAAAGUCAUUUGGCAGUGCCAGCGCCAUAUCUGGAAUUUAUCGACGAGCAGCUCCUCGCCGGUAUCGAUUAUGGUGGCAUCCCUAGGCUUUGUCGUCUUUUUUCCGAGCUCUUUGUCCGGAUCGACCCUUCCAGACCCGUCUUUUGCAUAAUCGAUGGUGUCUCCGAGCUUGAGACUACCUUGUAUGGAUGGCAGGAAGAUACUGUGACAAUCGUCGAUACCUUGCUGGCUUUGGUUAAGGACUUGCGCCCUGGUCCUGCUCUGAGGGUGUUGCUUACCAGCCCGCAACGAAGUGCGACGCUGGCCGAGUCGGUGGUCACAUUAGACAGGCACGUGUCGCUGCCGGCGGCGCACACGUUGGGAAAACGGUCCUAUGUAUCUCUGUUGAGAGGGAUGUCGAUGACUUGCUAA